GGAUGCGUAUUAUACCCAUCAUCUCAAUUCUCAACUCUCAUUUUUCAAUCCUUAUACGGACAUUGUCCGCUGAUGUUACCUAGAAAGCAAUAACAGGAGGAGGGAGAGAGAGAGAGAUAGAGGGAGAGGGCGUGAGACGGAGGGAGAGAGAGAGAGAUGGGGGGAGAGAAGGAGAGAAAGACAAGGGGGGUUUGAGUGGUGACACUGAUGAUGGUUGAACGUGGAACUGUAGCUGAAAAAUGGAAACCCCCCAAACUUUUCUUCAAUGGAAAGCUCAAAUGGGUCCCUCAGCCCAACCCCAACUGUCACCAAUUCUUCUACUAUCAGCCAACAGAGUAAAGCUCUCUCCUUUCUCUUUCUCAACUUUCCUUUUCCUCUUCUUCUUCCUCCUUCUUCUCUCUUCACUCUUUCUCUAUCCUCUCCCUUUCCACUGAAAAUUUCACGUUAUAAAAACAUGGGUCGGUGCUAAAUAAGCAUUUGGGCAUCUCUUUUUCGCCUGUCAAAAGAUACCCACCAAGGAAAAGUUUUGGUUUUGCUGAGAUUUUUCUCAGAAAAUUUGCAGAAGUGCGUGAUGUGGGUAUUCCAUGGCCAUGACACCCAUAAAGAAAAAGCUUCAAUUUUUAUUAUAUUUAUGCUAGAAUUUCCAGAUUCUUGAUUUGGGUUUUUUCAAAAAGCUUGAUUUUUUUGGAUCUUUCGUUGUGAAUUGGCGGUAAUCAUACAGAAUUGAAGUGUUUUUUCUUCUUCUUUUAAUUCUAUCUUUUUGGUGGGUUUGGAACUUUGACAUUGAAGUUGAACUUUCAACUCCUUAUAGCCAUAAACCUGAUUUUGUUGAAUUGUGGGAGCUGUCGGUUUGAAUAAAAUGUACAGAAACCAUAAAAAUAAAAAUAAAGUGGAAUUGAUGGCUAUAGCAUCUGGGUUUUUUUUUCUAUUUUCGUCAUAUCCUUCCUCAAAGCCCAUCUCUAAAUACUUACCAUAGUUGAGGUUUCAAGGCUGAAAUUUCAAGGAGUGCAGUCAUCCGAUUGGCUUUUUCAUGAAAGAGAGGAUUGAAUUAUUAAAAUUUGGCCUUUUUUUAGUGAAGAAUAUUUGAUGCUGCUUAAGGCUUAUGGAUGAAGAAAGGAAGCUUUGAUACCUUGCCAUCCAAAGAAAAGCUUUAGUAUCUUGAGCUUUACUCUGUUGAGAGAAAAAAAAAAGCCAGAGGGUUUGAUUUGAAUUUUUGUGGGUUUCUCUUUUAUUCUCAUAUCUGGCUGCAUCAUCACUCUUCUUGGGGAAUAUCAAAUUGAAUUUCAGGUUCAAUGUGGCCCUAAAAUAAGGAAAAUUAGAUGAACACAACAUUCUGAAGCUGCAGAAUAAUCCAUUAAUGAUGGGAAAGAGAUCGCAGAGGCGCCCUGUGCGAUAUGAAAAAGGUCAGUCGGGCUGCAUGUGGAGUUUGAUUAAUAUGUUUGACUUCCGCCAUGGUCGAUCCACUCGGAGGCUUCUGUCAGAUAGGAAGCGUGACAACUGGCAGGCUGUCGGCGAAGGAUAUUCAAAGGGUACAUUUAACUUGUUGACCGACUUUGAUGAGAAAUGUCAAGGCACUGAUGAUGGGGAUGAGUGCCAGAUGGUGACAGCUGAUUCUUGUAAACCAAGCAUGAAAAAACUCAUAGAGGAAGAGAUGUCGAACGAGGAGGAAGUGAAGAAGCAGAUGACCAGUGAUGAAGUAGAACCAAAACAGUCUGAUCCAGAAAAAGGAGACCCCGUAAGAAAGAAUCGAAGAAGAAUAAACAAAAGCAAGAAAACAUGCAAUGUGCACAUCCACAAUAAUGCUGGAUCGGGAAAUUUGUCUAAGUACAAUUCAGAGCAACAAUUUAUGAGUAGUCUUGAUCUAGAUGCAAUAAUGGAAGAGCUCUGUGGCCAGAUCCAUCAGAAAAGUUCUACUUGUGGGAGGCAUGACCAUCAUGGUGAACAUAACAUGCAGCCGGAUAAGAGGUGUCCUGCUUCCGAGGAAAAGUUAAGUGAGGCAACUAAGGUGUUUAUAAGUCAGAAGUUUGCUACUGGGACUGCUGAAGAUGGGAAGACGGAGAAUUCCCAAGAGUUCACAGAUGCGCUUCAGACAUUAAAUUCAAACAAAGAAUUGUUUCUGAAACUCCUACAAGACCCAAACUCGCUGUUGAUGAAACACAUUCAGAACUUGCUGGAUUCUCAGGUAGAGAAAGAUGAAAAUUCCAUGUCACAUGAAAAUUCCAAUUCACAUAAAUAUUCCAAAUCACUGCCAGGAUCCAACUUACCAGAUCGAGAGCUCUUGAAUUUGAAACAGUCCAAGGAGUUUACCAAUCAUAAGCAGCAUAAAUUUUUCAGGAGAAGAUCAAAGUCUCAGGACAGUAUCUCAUUGAAUGGAAACGAGAAUUACCAAGCUUCCAAUAAAAUAGUCAUUUUGAAGCCUGGACCUGUAGACUCAAGAAAUUCUGAAACAGACAACGGUUUUGGGUCCUUGAUGCAAUCUCACAACGACAUGACAAAUACAGGGCCGAGUGAGAGAACCGUUUCUCAUUUUUCUCUUAAUGAAAUAAAAAGAAGGUUGAAGCAUGCCAUGGGAAGAGAGCGGCAAGGGACCGCUCAUAAUGGUGUUUUACAUAGAUUUCCAUCCAAUCAUCAAAGUUCAGAAGAUGGCAAUAAACGGGUUAGUGGUGAGAAUAUUGGUAUGCAUUCUCCAAAUAGAAGCCACUUCUAUACUGAAAGAAUCCCGAAACCUUCUGCUGGCAGCAAGAGGGGAGAUAAAAUUGGCAAGCUGAAAGACUGUGAAAUAAGUAUGGAACAUGACACUUUGGGCUAUCCCAACCAAAGGGUAUCUACCAUCUACUCCGAGGCCAAGAAACAUCUUUCUGAGAUGCUGAGUAAUGGGGAUGAAGAUGAGGAUAUUUUGAUCCGACAGGCUCCGAGAACACUGGGAAGGAUACUCUCUCUUCCCGAGUACAACCUUUCACCCAUUUGCAGCCCUGGGAGGGACUGGGGUAAUAACUUUGUUACUGCACAGAUGAGAUUUUCUGCUUGUGGGAAGUUUCAGAGGGUAGACGAGAACACAGGACGGCUCAAGCAAGAAAACAAUGUCGGUCAUUCAACUCCAUUGGCACAAAACUUCAAGAAUCGGACCUACCCUUCUGAUGAGAACCAGGAUGAUGAAGCACAGGGUUCUAACUCAAGUCCCAAUAUCUCAGUUGAGGUCGUUCAUGAUAACAAAGUGAAAGAAGCCUGUUCUACUAGAGAUGAGAUAAGUUCUGAAGGUGAUGUGGAGACUGUAAAAACAAUUGAUACACUUCUAGAGGAGAACAGAGUCUUGGAUAUUUCCUCUGAAUCAAUUCGCUCCUCUGUUAUCAAAGAUGAUCAAAUGGAAUGCAUCACAGCUGAAAGUUGUGAUGAAAAGGGAUAUAUUGAAAGCUUGAAAUCAGAUUCUGUUGAAGAGGAUCAACGGCAAUCUUCUCCAUUGGCAUCCCCAUCAAGCUCUCUGAUGGACAAAGGGGUUGUACAUUUAGCGAGCGUCAUGGAUAGAAUAGAGAGGCCAAGUCCCAUAUCUGUUCUUGAGCCUUUAUUCACAGAAGAUGACAUCAGCCCUGCAAGCAUCAAAUCUAAACCCAUUGAACAACUAAUGCAACCACUACGAAUCCAAUUCGAAGAACAGGAUGCUUCUGCUGCACAUCUAGUUACCCAUAUUAAAAUCGGUGUGGAGAGUAAGGACUCUGUGUUUGAGUACAUAAAAGCAGUCCUGCAAAUCUCUGCCUCAAGCUUGGACGAAUUCUUCCUGAUGUCCCUUACUUCAGAUCAGAUUCUUGACCCGUCAUUGCUUGAUGAAGAAGAGAUAUCUUCCUUCCAACUUUGCCAUGACCAAAAGCUCCUGUUCAAUUGUAUUAAUGAAGUUCUCAUGGAGGUAUGUGAGCGCUAUUUUGGUUGCUUCUCUUGGGCAUCAAUUGUAAAGGCAAAUAUAAGACCGGUCCCAAACAUGAAGAACACCAUUCGUGAGGUAUGGGAAGGAGUUCACUGGCAUCUCCUUCCCCAACCUCUACCUCAUAACUUGGACCAGAUUGUCAGAAAAGACAUGGUGAAAACUGGAACAUGGAUGGAUCUUCGAUUUGAAGCCCAAAUUAUUGGUAUUGAAAUGAGUGAAGUGGUCCUCCAAGAAUUAGUGGAAGACACCAUAUUGUGCUGCAUAAAUGAAAGUUCAGAAAAUGUAUUCACAAUGCCUCAAGCUGACUUGGAGGAAGAUGAAAGCAGUGUCAAUCAGUCAAAUACGACAUCCUGUUAGCUCCUCUGGCUGAAAGGAAAGCAAACAAGCCAUAUCUUGCAUGCCAGGAAGAUGGGCUGUGUAGCAUCUUACCAAGCUAGGAGUGAACUUCUCCAGCUCUCCCUCCGAGCUUCCAUGGACAACACAUGACAUAGGUUUUUCUAACUUCAUCUACCUGAAUAAUGUAGAUACAAUUGUCAGAAUCUACCUCGUGAAUUUAACCCUGGCUGACAAGUUCUUCCAGUAUGGAAGCUAUCAGACGACGAGGCAAGAAUAAAUAAAUAAAAAAAGAAAAACAAUUCACGGGUGAUCCAUGCAAAAGUACAAAAGCUUCUGUUUUCAUGGUCAGUUCCAGGUCAGUGGAUUCUAACCUAGAGAAGAUGGAUGUGUUUCUCAUCAUUUAUCAAUGGUGUUGCUUGUUAGAAUCUGUAGGGUUUGGUGUGUUGAUUGUGAUGGGUAUGGGUGUUUGUUUGUAUCUAAAUGUUUGGAAUUUCCUUUUCUGCUUCUUCUUUCUGUUUGAUUCCAUUCAUUCUUGUUUCUGUUUUCUGGAGUGGUUUUACAGAUUUGGAAGUAUUCUGUGACUAGCUGUAAUAUAGAAGGAUAAAACACAAAAAAUAAGUAAAUGAAAGAGUUCAUACUGGAGUGUUGUUGUA